CUAUAUCCGUAGAAGUAAACGAAAGAAAACAAAACAAAAAUGGAGUUCGAAGAGCUAAGGAAAGCGAUAGAGAAGGUAGAGCUAGUCGAUGCUCACGCUCACAACAUUGUUGCUCUCGAUUCUUCUUUUCCUUUCAUCAAUGGCUUCUCUGAAGCGGCCGGUGAAGCCUUGUCCUUUGCUUCUCACUCCCUCUCCUGCAAGAGGAAUUUGAAGGAAAUUGCUAAAUUAUAUGGAUGUGAGAAUUCAAUGCAAGCUGUUGAAGAGCAUCGCAGAACUUCAGGCUUGGAAAACAUUAGUUUGAAAUGCUUUAAUGCUGCUAGAAUCUCUGCAACUCUUAUUGAUGAUGGAUUGAAGUUGGACAAGAAGCAUGAUAUUGAGUGGCAUAAGAGUUUCACUCCAUUUGUUGGUCGAAUACUGAGAAUUGAACGCCUGGCUGAGGAAAUUCUUGAUAAUGAGAGGCCAGAUGGAUCAGCUUGGACAUUGGAUAAGUUCAUUGAAACCUUUGUGGAGAGCUUGAGGUCUGUUGCUGAUAAAGUAGUUAGCUUGAAAAGCAUAGCUGCAUACCGCAGUGGCCUAGAUAUAAACACUACUGUCACCACAAAAGCUGCUGAGGAAGGUCUUGCUGAAGUCUUGCAUGCUGGCAAGCCUGUUCACAUAAUCAAUAAAAGCCUUAUUGACUAUAUUUUCACGCAUAGUUUGGAGGUUGCUUUACAGUUUGACUUGCCAAUUCAGAUACACACAGGUUUUGGAGAUAAAGAUUUGGAUCUGCGAUUGUCCAAUCCUCUUCAUCUUCGAAUGCUUCUUGAGGAUGAGAGAUUUUCUAAAUGUCGUAUUGUUCUUCUACAUGCAUCAUAUCCAUUUUCAAAGGAAGCUUCAUAUUUAGCAUCUGUUUAUCCCCAGGUGUACCUUGACUUUGGCUUGGCAGUUCCUAAACUCAGUGUACAUGGGAUGAUAUCUUCACUCAAAGAACUUUUGGAGCUAGCUCCAUUAAAUAAGGUUAUGUUCAGCACUGAUGGCUAUGCAUUUCCUGAAACACAUUACUUAGGUGCAAGGAAGUCACGUGAAAUAAUUUUUUCUGUGCUACAUGAUGCAUGUUGUGAUGGUGACCUCACAAUUCCUGAAGCCAUUGAAGCAGCUCAAGGAAUCCUAGCACAAAAUGCAAUUAAAUUAUAUAAGAUUAAUAUAAAUGUGAAAACAUUUAAUUCAACAGAUAUUGUGUCUGCUAAUUUUGUGAACAUCGUGAAUAGUACUUCAAACAAUGAUGUUUCACUUGUUCGUAUCAUCUGGGUUGAUUCUUCUGGACAACACAGAUGCCGAGUUGUUCCAGUAAAGCGCUUCAAUGAUGUCGUGAAGAAGAAUGGUAUUGGUUUGACUUUUGCAAGUAUGGGAAUGACUUCAGCUGUUGAUGGUCCAGCAGAUGAGACAAACCUGACUGGAGUGGGUGAGAUCAGGCUGAUGCCUGAUUUAUCAACUAAAAAGACAAUCCCAUGGAUGAACCAAGAGGAAAUGGUUUUGGCUGACAUGCACCUUAGACCUGGUGAAACAUGGGAGUAUUGUCCGAGGGACGCCUUACGAAGGGUUUCCAAAGUUUUGAAAGAUGAAUUUAACUUGCUAAUGAAUGCAGGAUUUGAAAAUGAGUUUGUGCUGUUGAAGAGUGUGUCAAAGGAAGGGAAAGAAGAAUGGGUACCAAUUGACUCAGCCCCCUACUGCUCUGCAUCAGGAUAUGAUGCUGCUGCCCCUAUAUUUCACGAACUCCUUGCUGCACUUGAGUCCUUAAAUAUUACUGUGGAACAGUUGCACAAAGAAGCUGGAAAAGGUCAAUAUGAAAUGGCCUUGGGGCACACAGAUUGUUCGUCCUCUGCCGAUAACCUAAUUUUUGCCCGUGAGGUUAUUAGGGCUACUGCAAGGAAACAUGGAUUAUUGGCAACUUUUAUGCCCAAGUAUGCACUGGAUGACAUUGGUUCUGGAUCCCACGUUCAUAUCAGCCUGUGGCAGAAUGGAGUAAAUGUUUUCAUGGCAUCUGGUGGUUCCUCUAAGCAUGGAAUUUCAAGUGUUGGGGAGCAGUUUAUGGCUGGGGUUCUACAUCACCUUCCUUCAAUUUUGGCUUUCACAGCACCACUUCCAAAUAGUUAUGAUCGAAUACAGCCAAAUACAUGGAGUGGAGCAUAUCAAUGCUGGGGAAAAGAAAACAGGGAAGCUCCAUUACGAACUGCUUGCCCACCAGGAAUCUCAGAUGGUCUGGUUAGCAACUUUGAAAUUAAAGCUUUCGAUGGAUGUGCAAAUCCAUACUUAGGCUUGGCUGCUAUACUUGCUGCUGGUAUUGAUGGCCUUAGAAGGCACCUUUCUCUUCCUGAACCUGUUGAUACAAAUCCUUCUAUUCUAGAUGCAAAACCACACAGGUUACCUAAAUCACUUUCAGAGUCUUUAGAAGCUCUCAAGAAAGACAAUGUCUUCGAGAAUCUAAUUGGGGAAAAGCUUUUGGUUGCUAUAAAAGGAGUUCGCAAGGCGGAGAUCGAGUAUUACUCCAAAAAUAAGGAUGCAUACAAGCAACUGAUACAUCGUUUUUAAGUGUAUUACUCUUGAUUUUAAUCAUCUGUUACCUAAUAGAAACUCUUGGCUAAUGCUUGUUGUACUCAUGCAAAAUCUAUCAUGAACUAAUAAUUGAGAGUUAGUUAAUUGCGACUGUGUGAGAAAUUGUUCUAGCUGCUCUGAACAGCCAAUUCAUUAGCAUGCAAUGCUUUUAUGUGCUGUUUGCUUGAUAGUCUA